CCCAGCCCACCCGAGGCACUCCCCACAGUGUGAAGGAUGACAAUGCCCGCUGGCCCGCGGGGAGCGGGCAUGUAGACGGGAGCGGCGCCGGCGGCUCCUGGCACCAUGGACGAUGCCGCGGUCCUAAGGAAGAAGGGUUACAUCGUGGGCAUCAACCUGGGCAAGGGCUCCUAUGCCAAGGUCAAGUCCGCCUACUCUGAGCGCCUCAAGUUCAACGUGGCAGUCAAGAUCAUCGACCGCAAGAAAACACCCACCGACUUCGUGGAGCGGUUCCUGCCCCGGGAGAUGGACAUCCUGGCAACCGUCAACCACCGCUCCAUCAUCAAGACCUACGAGAUCUUUGAGACUUCCGACGGGCGGAUCUACAUUGUCAUGGAGCUCGGGGUCCAGGGCGACCUGCUCGAGUUCAUUAAGUGCCGGGGGGCCCUGCACGAGGACGUGGCGCGCAAGAUGUUCCGGCAGCUCUCCUCGGCCGUCAAGUACUGCCACGACCUGGACGUCGUCCACCGAGACCUCAAGUGCGAGAACCUGCUCCUCGACAAGGACUUCAACAUCAAGCUGUCCGACUUUGGCUUCUCCAAGCGCUGUCUGCGUGACGACAGUGGCCGCGUCGUUCUGAGCAAGACCUUCUGCGGGUCGGCGGCGUACGCGGCCCCGGAGGUGCUGCAGGGCAUCCCCUACCAGCCCAAGGUGUACGACAUCUGGAGCCUGGGCGUGAUCCUCUACAUCAUGGUGUGUGGCUCCAUGCCGUACGACGACUCCGACAUCAAGAAGAUGCUGCGUGUCCAGAAGGAGCACCGCGUCAACUUCCCGCGCUCCAAGCACCUGACGGGCGAGUGCAAGGAUCUCAUCUACCGCAUGCUGCAGCCGGACGUCAACCGGCGGCUGCACAUCGAUGAGAUCCUCAGCCACACCUGGCUGCAGCCCCCCAAGCCCAAAGCCAUGUCGUCCAGUUCCUUCAAGAGGGAGGGUGAAGGCAAGUACCGGGCGGAGUGCAAACUGGACACCCAGCCGGGCUCACGGCCCGACCACCGGCCUGACCACAAGCUCGGGGCCAAAACCCAGCACCGGCUGCUGGUGGUGCCCGAGAACGAGGACAGCAGAGCGGAGGACAGGCUGGCCGAGACCUCCAGAGCCAAGGACCACCACCCAUCCGGAGCCGAGGUGGGGAAAGCGAGCAUCUAGCGGUGGUGAGGGCCCCGGGUGGCAUGGUCACUGGUUGGCAUUCACGGAAGCUAAGCAGCCAGGUAGAGGCCGAGGAAGGCACAGAUGUAAGGAACAAGUAAAAUCCGUCAAUUAAACCACUAUUUUGAUUAC